UCCCAUCUCUCCCUCUGCCCGAAAACCCUCGCGGCAUCGCCUCCGUCGUCACCGUUCUCCCGGUUUUGCUCAAAACCAUCUUCUUCUUUUUCGUGACGGAACCCUUGCGAUACAGUCGCAAUUAUAGCUCACUGGGAAGGAGACGGCGGGAUCGCGGCGUACAGAGACCCGAAACUCCCAUCAUUCUUCUCCUUCCGCACUGCGCCUACCCGAAACCAUGGGGGGAGAUGAAGGAAGGAUUUAGGUCAAAUCCAGGUUAAGUUCUGCUUUAAAUCCGUUACGAGACAACCCCUUGAAGUUCUUCAAACUUUCGGAUUUACUGAACAAGACACACCUUUUUCUCUUACACCUCGAAUGCAUGAAGAAGCCGCACAAUGCAAAGUUGGCGACGGCGCCUUCGGCGAAGAAGGGGAAGGAAGGAGACGAAUCUUUCGAGUUCUGCGAGGUUUGCAACCUGAACCACGACAAGGGACGCCGCCAUCGGUACUUCCCUGCGCACGGUCGCGCUCUCGCCGACGCCCUAUCCCGUUUUCAGAAUAAGCUUGAUGAACUACAAUUUUUCGUCCGAAACCCCAGCUUUCUACGACCCGAGCACGCCGCCUUAAAUCGCAUCUGGUGCCUCUUUUGCGCGGUCGAUAUCAGCGAGAUUGGCGGCCAAUUCGUCUGCGGCAAUGCUAUCCGUCAUUUGGCGAGCGAGGAACACCUUGGGAAUCUAAAGAGGUUUCUUUGGAAGCAUGGAAAAGGGAUUGAGCGGAUCGAUUUAUUUAGACUUUCUAAGGCAGAUCUUCUGAAGUGGGAGAAGGGAUGCGAGGCAUUGACGAAUAUUGCUUGCAGUUCAAGCGAAGGACCAAUAGGACCAGUUCUGGAGCUGUCUAAAGAUAUCCAAUUCCAGCAUGAGCAUAACUCUAAUAAAAUGGAUACUUUUGAUAAUCAUUCUAUUAGUUCUUUUAGUUCAAAUGUUUCUCAUCCUGUUUUGCCUUUACAAAGAUUUACAAAUGAGAAUUAUUGGGUAUGCCAACCAGAUGGUAAUGGCUCUGCAACUGCUGCCCAUGCUGCUCAUGCUGCCCGAGGUUCCAUUCCUUUGUCAUGGGGCAUGCAGGGAAAUGUGUCUUAUGAUCACAUGAAUGGCUUGGAAAGUGUAGCUAGACAUUUAACAGGUGCCCCACCUAACCAUGUGGAUAUCGAAGGAAAAAGAGGACAACUGGAGACUGGAGUGCAUGAUUAUGGAACUGAUUAUAUGGAGAGCAAUGGAGCCUUGCAGAUUCUCACUCAGAUUGGUUUUCAUUCUGAAGGAUCUCAAGCAAAUGUGUAUACUGGUGGUUUGCCUCCCUGGUUAGAAAUGUGCGAUGAAAGUGAGAAAAAUCUUGUUAAUUUUGGAGCAAAUAUGAAUAACCGUGCUCCUUUAGCUCAAAAAGGGAAGUCAAAAAAGUUAAAUCCUAAACGUGUUGGCGCUGCAUGGGCUGAGAAGAGAAGGAUUGAACUUGAGAUGGAGAAAAAAGGGGAGAUUGUCAUGGACAGUGUUGAUGACAAUUGGCUUCCCAAUUUUGGUAGAGUUUGGCAGGCAGGCACUCGCAAGGAAUCUAGAAAAGAAUUUGAGAGGGAAAAUCGUAAAUUGUUCAAAGAUCUCUUGCAUUCAGAAGCAUCAUUCAAGCUACAACCAUAUAUAAGUAAACGCAUGCGAAUGGACUCUUCCAGCAAGAUUGAAAUAGUUGAUCCAUUUAUAGAGCAGAAGUGAAGAUUUUGAGUCUGACAAACAAGAUAUGUAUAUAAAUCACAUCUAUCUUUACUUUGGAGAAAGUUCGCCAGUGACUUAAGGGUGAUUUGUUUUUUGCCACAUGAGGUACACUGCUGUUCCUGAGUGCUCUAAUGCUUUUGGUUAAUUAUCAUGUCUUCCUUCAAGUAGUGCAAGAUAAUUUUUGAUGAAAUUACAUGUUUGAAAUCUUUCCCA